CUAUAUAACAACACCACUCUUUCCGGUCUGCUCUAUAAGUUGACAUUCGGUCCAAGCUAAUAGAGUUCAAUUUCACCACUUCUUUCUUUCUUUCUUCGAAUAUUAGUCCCCUUUCUAUCUUCCCAGAACUCAACAACCACCAUGGCUAUGGCUUUCAAGAUGGCGACUACGGGGAUGUGGGUAACUGAUGAAUGCAAAAACUCGUUCAUGGAGAUGAAGUGGAAGAAGGUGCACAGGUACAUAGUUUUCAAGAUUGAUGAGAAGUCCAGGAAGGUCACCGUCGAUAAGGUCGGCGGCGCCGGAGAAAGUUACGACGAUCUCGCUGCUUCCCUCCCCAAAGACGAUUGCCGAUACGCGGUGUUUGAUUUCGACUUCGUCACCGUCGAUAAUUGCCGGAAAAGCAAGAUCUUCUUCAUUGCCUGGUCACCGGCGGAAUCAAGAAUUAGGGCAAAAAUGCUGUACGCGACGUCGAAAGACGGGCUGAGGAGAGCACUGGACGGGAUUCACUACGAGGUUCAGGCGACCGACCCGACGGAGAUGGGGAUGGAUGUGAUUCAGGAGAGGGUGAAGUAGAUGAAGGGGAGCGGUCAAAAUCAUCUUUUGUUUUUUUUUAAAGCACUAUGAUUAAAUACGAUAAUAAUAACUCCACUAAGUGUCCAUGUUCUUCCUUAAUUUUGUUGGCUACUACUUCAUUCUCUUGUAAGAUCUAUCUAUCUCUCUCUAAUGUUGCCUCCUCAGCUUAAUCCUCGUCCUAAUCUUCUGUAAUAAUUGUCUUGUCUUUUUUCACCUAAUUUAACCCCACAUAAUUAUACCUUUCCUGUUUUCUCUUC